AUAUAUAUUUGGAUGCUUAAUCUCUGGAGGUAUUUUGUGAUAAAGGGUGUAAAAGUCUCACUGCGAGCUCUCGUCCAGGCGCAGGAGUUGAGGCAGCAGGCCUUGUCGUACCGCCGUCGAGCCUGGGGAGCGAAUUUCUCCAGAGACCACCUGAGCCAGCUGCUGUCCGAACACAACACGCUGUGGGAGCCGACGGACACCACAGACUCCGCCACCGACCCCCCCUCCCCCCGCCUGACCUCUGACCUCUGUCGCGACCCAGACGGCUGCAGCGCGUCGCCUGUGGAGGCCCUGGACCUGCACAGCCGUUCCAGUAACUCCAGUAAGAGGUCCUCUGUUAAUGGAGACAAAAACACACAAAUAAAAUCACCUCAAAGUCCUGCUGCUGAGAGACACACGGCAUGUGGAGAUGAGGAAGAAGAAGAUGCAGACGA